UCCGUGAUAUUGUCAUAUGAAAACGGUGUUUCAGUGUUCAUAUACCACUUAAUGUCUACCAAGAGGAACGGAAUUCACGUUGAGACUGUAACCUAUCAACAGUCUGCUCAGACCGAUGACCUCUGCCCUUUCUGACUCAUAGCCUGCGCUCGCUCAUCAUUCGAACAUGAUAGACCACCAGUUGUCAUGUCCACACGAAUUCCCUUCCUUCUAGUUACCUUAGUGAGCUUUGGCAAGUGGCAAGGGCAGAAGACGGGACAAACAAUAAUAAAACUAAUAUUCACUGAUUAGUGUUGACGACUUAAGUACCACUGUGACAUUUUCCCAUUUACCUAAAUAGCAAGAAUCAAUGAAGCAGAGCGCACUUUCCAGCCCACAAGAGGAGAAGGGGAACAAACGCUGAACCUGAGACACGUGGUCCAGCUUACCUACACAACCAACCAUGUCUGGUCAUCACCAGUCUGCUGCAAGAAAGGACAAACGCAGGGGUGGGGUUGCAGGGCGUCUUGGUGGCGAGACCAGAGACACCCAGGGCAACGGUGACCGCGAAGUGUACAUACAAAGUGUGACUGAUGUACAGGUGGCUCGUCUUACUGGUAAAGGAAAUAAUCGUCUGGUCAAAGAGAUCAUUAGGAGGUCAGGCGCUGAUGUACAGUUUCACCAAUCACAUCUACCAAACAUCGCCACCGCCAUCAUCCGAGGUCAUCGUUCGCAGAUCGAGACUGCUGUCAAGCUCAUCAACGAGAAGACUGAUGUUCAGGACCUGAUCUCAGACCAGGCCCAGAUAUUCUGGACAAAGUGGGUGGAGGCCGCGUUCCCUGACCUCGAGUCUCGCGCCUACUUCCUGCCUCCUGUCUACUUCAACCGCGUGCCGAUGGUCAGACAGUCGGUUGGUGGCCAGGAUGUCCUGGUCCUUCAGUCAGGAACUAAACAAGCCGAUCAGUCCAACCUGAUGACAUCAACGUCUGCUGCUGUUCAUCGCGUUCAGGAAACUGAUAUCAAGUAUGACGCCGCCUUUCAACGGCUUUUCGUCUGUCUACAAAAAAUGUCUGAACAGGUAAAAGAAGCUUUCGUUGGCAUCAGUCAGCUUGAGUUUGGACAGUAUCUCGGCGAACCUUGUUACGCAGCAGCGGCCGCCCAUCUACCCCUACCUAAAACUAUUUCAAAUGAUUCGUUACAUUACAAACAAGGGGACUUUGAUGUGCUGCUUAUUCACCGAUCUUACGGCCUGGUUGUCUGUGAGGUGAAAUCCGUAGGUGACAAUUUAAAGAAACUGAACAUGUCACAGCAGGAUAUAGACAACAACAUUAGAAAGACACUGAGAGACGCCAUGUCACAGCUGGACAAGGCGGAGGCCAUGUUGUCUCACCUGGUGUCCGACAUCGCUCCCGGUCUGCGCAUCACCAGGACCAUCGCUUUCCCCAACCUCACGGCUCAUCAGGUGCAACAGGCCAUCUCCGGCGACACCCAACUGACUCAGGACCUGUGUCGAUGUCUGGGAACAACAGACCCCGACGACAUCGCUGGUCUGUCUUCGUGA